AUGACCGAAAAAUUAUCAAGUUCGAUAAGUUCUAAUUCGGGAAAUCCUGCUUUCCAUAAUGAUCGUAGACGUCGAGAUAAUAUCAAUGAAAGGAUUCAAGAACUUCUUGAUAUGAUUCCUGAAGCCUAUUUUGAUAGUUAUUAUGCAAAAAAUUCAGAAGCUGGCACACCUGUAAACACACCAGGUGGUAGUAGUAGCUCAGUCACUACACCAGCAACGCCUAAUAUGUUAUCUACAUCAUCGAAAGGUAAAGGCUCAGGAACACGAGAUGGGAAACCAAAUAAAGGUCAAAUACUUACACAAACCGUGGAAUUUAUAACAAGAUUGCAAAAUGAAGUUGAUGCAAAAAAUAGAGAAGAAGUAGAUUUAAUGGCCAAAGUAUCUAGUCUCAGUAAGAAGACAGGUACUAUUGUGAACGAUAUAAACUUAGAACAUACUAGUGCAGAAGUCGAACUUGCCAAAAUCGGUGUUGGUCCAUUAGUUGGAAUGACACAAGAUAAAACACCAACAGAAAAUAUUGGGCAACAACAACAGCAACAGCAGCAACAAACACAGUAUGAUUAUGGUGGCUAUUCUGAAUAUGCUACAUAA